AUACCAGCCUACAGCUCGGUGUGAUUAUUGUGCAUGAACCUGUUUUGCUGAACACCGAUGAGGCCACUUCUCAUCAUUUGUAAAACUCUGUGGCUUCUUAAAGGAUUUAUGAAAUGAAAAUAUGAUAUAUUAUUGGUGCUGAUUUUUGAGGCACUUUAUCCUGUUGAAAACUCUUUUUGGAGAGGGGGGGGAGAACUGGUUGAAGAAAAAACCCUCAAGGAUUUGUAACCAAUUUUAGGGAGGCAAAUUUAAAUAAUGUUACCAUCUUAAAACUUCUGCUGUCCAGAAUCAUGGAAAAUAAUGAAGAGGAGGAUGUACUACAAAAUGACAUUACUACUGAAAGUCAAAGUCAAGAAAUGUCUACCAAUUUAAAAUACCUUUCCUUGGGAAUCCUGGUCUUUCAGACCACUAGUUUAGUUUUGACUAUGCGAUAUUCUCGGACAUUGAAAGAGGAAGGACCUCGUUACUUAUCCUCUACUGCAGUAGUUGUUGCUGAACUUUUGAAGAUUAUGGCCUGCAUUUUAUUGGUCUACAAAGACAGCAAGUGCAAUUUCCGGGCUCUGAACAGAGUGCUACAUGAUGAAAUCCUUAACAAGCCUAUGGAAACACUUAAGCUUGCUAUUCCAUCAGGGAUUUAUACUCUUCAGAAUAACUUGCUGUAUGUAGCACUGUCAAACCUAGAUGCUGCUACUUAUCAGGUCACAUAUCAAUUGAAAAUUCUUACUACAGCAUUAUUUUCUGUGUCUAUGCUAAGUAAGAAAUUAGGUAUAUACCAGUGGCUAUCAUUAGUGAUAUUGAUGACAGGAGUAGCAUUUGUACAGUGGCCCUCAGAUUCUCAAGCAACAACUACAAAAGAGUUGUCUGCGGGAUCUCAAUUUGUUGGUCUUAUGGCAGUCCUUAUAGCCUGCUUUUCAAGUGGAUUUGCUGGAGUUUAUUUUGAGAAGAUUUUAAAAGAAACCAAACAAUCUGUCUGGAUCAGAAACAUCCAACUUGGAUUUUUUGGUAGCAUAUUUGGAUUGAUGGGUGUGUACAUUUAUGAUGGAGGACUUAUAUCAAAGAAUGGAUUUUUUCAAGGAUAUAACAAACUUACCUGGAUAGUUGUUGUUCUACAGGCACUUGGGGGCCUCGUGAUUGCUGCUGUUAUAAAAUAUGCAGACAAUAUUUUAAAGGGAUUUGCAACAUCUUUGUCAAUUAUAUUGUCAACACUGAUAUCCUAUUUCUGGUUGCAAGAUUUUGUCCCAACCAGUGUUUUUUUCUUUGGAGCCAUUCUUGUGAUUGCAGCUACAUUCCUAUAUGGUUAUGAUCCAAAACCUGCAGGAAAUCCUAUCAAGGCAUAGCUGGCUUCAUUAUCAGCCUCUUUCUCAAGACUGUGCAUUAGGGACUUCAACAAGAAUUCCAUAUGAAAGAUUUCAUUAUGCACUGGACGGAAAGGAUCACUACACUGAAUCUAAGCAUGAACAUGUUACUGGUGUUGGAGAACCAAAGGGUUAAAGACAGAAAAUAAUGUAAUGUAAAGCUGAUGAAAAAAAUUAAAGGGCAAAGCCUAGUGCAAGUUGCUAAUAAUAACUUGAAAGGAACAAAUUGUUUCCAAAAAAACUACAAAUUACGAAUGUUUACAGCUUGAAUUUGAGAUUACAUCAGAUGAUUUUACUGUUUUGAUUGCUGCAGAAAUAUAUCCUAUGCACUCUUUGCAAGAGCACAUGACAAUAUUUGUCAGAUUGUAUGUUUUUGCAAAUUGACUGUAUUUAAUGUUAGUAAAUGUGUUUUAACUGUUUUGUCUAUAGAGAUCAAAUCAAAUUGAAUAUAAUGGUUCUACUUAGGGGUUCCUUAUUAAAACUGUGAAAACUCUGAUUGAAAGACAUUUUCACACAUAUCCAAGAUGUUUGUGGAAGCUGAUUUAAAUAAACAGACAUCUGAAUUCUGUUGCAUAACUAUGUAGUUCAUAUAAGGUCAAGAUUCUGACUUAGAUCUGUAAAAGAGAAAAAUUCAGGGGUAAGGCUAGACAUUCCAAUCUUAACCAAAGUGCUCACUAGAAUUAUAAGCCAUCUAGUAAGCUACUUGAACAUACACCCUAGGUUCCUGCAAUAAUUAGAUACAAUAGCAUUAGUGUUAAAGAUGGAGUGUUUGUUUGGAUAAUAUUCAUUCCUUUAUCCCAAUUGAUAGAAAUCGACUUAGUAUUACCUUAAAGUAGCUUUUAUAGUUAGUUUCCUUUAGAGAUGUUUUUAAUUGUGAUUUUUAAAAAAAUUAAAUGUUUUAAAUUAUUAUCUGUAGCAGCUUGUUUUGGACCCAUUAUGGUAUAUAAUGUAUAUACAGCAGUGUACCAUAUUACAAAGGUUAUUUUAAAUGAGUGUUAAUUCAUAAGAACUCCUCCAAGACUGUUUGAAUACAUGUAUAUAAUGGCUUGUUUAGAGGUUUUUUAAAUUUCCAGAGUCACUGAGCAAAUUGAGUAAAUGGGUCUUCUGGAACUAUUCAGUCUAGUGCUAGAAUUACAUAAUUAGGAAACAUACUGAUUAUAGGAAACAAGAAAAUCAUGGGAAACAGUUAUUGUGUAAUAGAUAAAUAUCAAUGUAUAUUAUUAUUUUCUACUUAAAAAUACCAAAAACAAUUAGACCAUGUUAUGAACAAAUCUCUUGCCAAAUUAUUUACAUAUACCUAUUUGUUCCAUUCAUACUUUUCCCUUCCCCAACCUAUUCCCCAAAAGAUUAAAAAUAAAUUGUUUUCAUAAGAUCUUUUAUAACGAGUAUUAAUGUGGAGUGACUUCUCAUCUGAGUGUUACACUUGUGAAAGUAUAAAUGUGUAACAGAAAUGUUACCGUCCCUUACCUGUAACAUCACAGGUUGUGAAUAUCUAAGUAUUUGAUGCCACACACACAUGGGCAAGCAGAAGUUAAAAUUGUUGUGGUGACAGAAGAAUUUAAAAAAAUAUUUACCAAAGUAUUACAACCAGUUUUUCAAAAUGUUUUAGCCCUGGUCUACAGUAGGUCCUUAUUCCAAAAUAGCCACCACCCAAGUUUGAAUUAGUAAGCGAUGCAUCCAUACAAUCAAACCCACUAUUUUGAAAUAACGGGCUGUAGAAUUCGUACUCUUUUCAAGAAGAGUAACACUGAUUCCAAAUAGUAAUUUUAACAUAACGGUAGUGUGGGUGCUUCAGUGCCGCUAAUUCAAAUUUAUUGGCUGCCGGGAGACCUCCCACAACUCCCCAGAGUGCUUCCUGGGGCUCUAAGUCCAAGGUAGUGCAUUCACAUUAAUGGAGCCUGCCUCAGACUAAUUUUGAGGCUUCCUCAUAGUGAAGAUACUCUAGUUCAAAUUUGUUAUAUCAGGAGUUACGUCAAAUUUAGUCAUUUCAAAAUAGUUUCCUAGAGGAUAUGUGGCCUUAGUGCUAGAAUAUUAGACCGUGCCACAGAAAAUAUGUUAAAAAGCCAUGGGAUUUUAAACAGUGGAUCUGGCCUGUGACUGCCCUGUCACUCCCUCUUCCCCAGGCCAAUCAGGACCUGGGGGCACGGGAGCAUGUGAAGUCUCCUCGCCCCCGCAAGAUUGUGCAGCAGCUAGAAAGACACACCGACUGUUUUAAAACAGUUGGCAUUUAUCUCUAGGUGUCACAUGCCUUUGGGGAGGGAAGCUGUGCCUGCUCCCUGUCCCCAGGCCAAUUAAGGCCUGGGGGCAGGAAGCAUACAAAGUCUUUCGUGUCCUGUCCCCGCCCUGCCAGGGGCACUCAGCCACUAGAGAGAUACACUAGCUGUUUUUUAAAACAACCAGCAUGUCUCUCUCGCUGCCACAUGCUCUUGCGGGGGCGAGAAGAUUUUGCACGCUCCCCUGCCUCCAGUCCCUGAUUGGCUUGGGAGCAGGGGGAGCAUAUUAAGCCUUCUCCCACUGGGCACCUAGAAGGAACCGCAAGCUGUUUUAAAACAGCUGAUAUUUAUCUAUAGGGACCAGGGGAAGGAGGAGAAAGACUUCUUGCACUCUCCCACCCCAAGCCAAUCAGGGUGGGGGGAAGCACAAGAAGUCUCCUGGCCACGCCCUUUCCACCUGAGGCUCCACCCCUUCUGGGGUGGCCCCUUUUAAAAAAUUAUUGCCCACUCCUGUUUUUAAACUAUUAUAACGGAGUUGGCUAAAAUCAUUCUUAUUUCCAGCAAAUAAGAAUAAUGCUGUUUUUCUAGGUAAUUAUGUGGAUUAAUCCACUUUCUGUGUUCAUUACUAGGGAAAUAGAAUAGAGGACUCCCAAAACAUAUGCAAGUGGUUAAACUAGAAGUACUAAUCAUCUCUAAGAUCUAUGGAUAAUUGUUAUGCUCUCUGAUCUCCAGGUUAAGAGGAAUAUUAUAUCUUCAAGACCUGUUUUACAGGUUGUCACAAACUGAUUUACAAAUAAGUAUGGAUCACUUCAUUCACCACUGACAUGCACUGCUGAGGUAAAGAGUAAACUAUUUUAUAGUGUGUAACAAUGCCUACGUAACAGUUUAGGACAAGGAGUGAAGAAUGCCCUAUCUUCUUGAAACUACCUAAGGAAUUUAUUUAGUUUGAAUGCAAUUACCUGAAUUUGAAUUUGGCCAGUACAAUAUUGUCUAUUACUUUAGGAUUGCAGUAGUGAUAGUUAGCAGGUGACUUCUAUUGGCGACUUCACUGAGAAACUUCUUCUACUUGAAAGAAAGGCAAGGGAAAGUGUAUGGGGGGAGGAAAUGGAGUAAAAAAUCAGUGCAUUGUCAGAUGAUGGACAGUGAUUUUUCAAAUUCUUCUGUAAGAAAUCCAGACUGGCUCUUCACCCAGGAUUGGACCAAUAUCAUAACAAGCAUCAGUGUAUAAAGGGAAGAAUAAACACACUUGACUCUGGAUCUGUAAAUAAAAUAGAUCACUGCCAGGCUUUAGAAAACAUUUCUCUAAUUCAGCAUGGGGCAAAUCCUGUUCCUGAGAUGCAUGGAACCAGUGUGGUUGCUGUGGAAAGGAAUAGAACAGCAUUUGAAGAAGCCUACACAGGUUGUGUGCAUUUCAUGAGUGAAGCAAUGCUGUCAGAGGGCAGUGUUACAUUUUCUCUCAAGAAUAGUUUCAGAGCCAGGUAGGAUGACAUGCAACUGUGGAUCCCCUGGCCAUCCAUUCCUGUUGAGAAAGUACAGGAGCUACAAUACGAUGGCCAAUGCAGAGCACUCAGAAGCCUGGAAAAUAGCAGUGACAUAGUGUAUUUAGGCAUAUCUCAAAGCUAAUUUUUAGAACGCAAACUAGUUUUCCAGGUCUAAGAAUGACUUUUCAUUCUUUAGAAUAGUUGAUUGUUGUAUAUUUGGCAGCUUAUGUAUACUUAGUACCUAGCUUUUAAUAUUUAUAAAAUUAUAGCAUAUUUAUUUACAACAACAUGAACGUGUGAUUAUUUGUUUUUUGAAAGGCAUGAGUUAUGGAAUUAGUAUUAUUUUAUGUAAUACUAUAUUUGGAAAUCACCCAAAGACUACUAGAAUGUGCAGCAACAGUAUAGUGUCAGGCUAGCUAGGACAAAAGAAAAGCAUCGUAGCUUGAAAUUACUGAUAUAUGGAAUUAUCCUGAAAGUGAAAUAAACCUGCAACUUAGUGAUGUGAAAAACACUAGUGAGGUAAAAAAGUAUUUACUUCAUAAAUUGAUAUAAUCUAUCCAAAAGUGCCCAUUACACAGAGACUCCAAGUAAAUUGGCUUAAAGCUUUAUUAAACUUAUCUGUUGUUGAUUAAAUACAACACAUUUGCUCUGUCACCAAGCAUUUUGAAAUGUAUAGGUAGAUGUUUGCUCUUCUAAUUCUUACUUAUAGAAAAUAAUCCGUUUGUUUUUAUUUUUUGUUUCCUUUCUCUUCAUGAAAUGGAUCUUGUGUUUUGACAGUAUACUUGAUUUUCAGUCACUUACAUCAGUGGUUCUCAACCUAGGGUGUGCAGAGGCCUUCCAAGGGGUACAUCAGGUGAUCUGGGUAUUUUGGCUAGUUUUACCACAGGCUACAUAAAAGCACUAGCAAAUUCAGAACAAAUUAAAAUGUCAUACCAUCACUUGUUCAUACUAAUCAGUAUACUAUCCACUGAAAUGUACAAUAUUUACGGUAUAUUCCAUGUGAAAAGUGAGAAAAUAAGCAAUUUUUCAGUAGUAGUUUGCUAUAUGUUUAUAUUUUUCUUUGAUUUUUGUAAGCAAGUACUUUUCAAGUCAGGUAAAAUAUGGGGUUACACGAGACAAAUCAGACUCCGUAAAAGGGGUGUUGUAGUCUGGAAAGGUUGAGAGCCACUGACUUAGACAUCAUGUGUUUGGUUUCGGGAACAUGUAAUUGGGGUUUUAUAACUUAUUUUCAUGGGUAUACUUCUGAAGAAUGUAACUGAUUUGUUUUUUUGCCCAACUUUUUCAAUUGAUAAAUCAGUCCUGGCAUUUGUUAUCUAUUCAUGUAUUACUCAUUUAUCAAGGCUUUUCAUAUUAUUUUCUUAUCAACCAUUCAUAAGA